AUGAAGCCCUUCACUCUGUCGUUGACAAAUGGCGCUCAGCUUUCAGGUAUACUCGCGGUGCCGACGCGUGCGUCAAAAACUGCCGACUAUCAACCCUUGGUAGUCGCGAUACACGGCGGGACGUAUUUUUCAAAGUACUUUGACGCUGGUACAGCCACGUCCGCCACAAGGCUGGCAGAAUCACUCGGGGUGCCUUUCGUAGCCAUUGACCGUCCAGGGUACAAAGAGAGCACAGGACUUCCCCCGGUGCCUGAUGGAUCAACAUUCCUCCAGGAAGAAGGCAAAUACCUUCACCAUCACAUCCUCCCCAAGGUAUGGCAAGAAUUCGGGCUUAGCUCUGGAGCAACCGCCAUUGUCAUCCUGGCGCACUCUUUGGGGUCCCCAAGCUCUAUCGUGGCCUCUGCCCUCCACGCAAAUGACCCUCAACCUCAAUACCCACUCGGUGGGCUGAUCAUGUCCGGCUGGGGCACGGAACAUGGUCGUCCUCGUGAAAGUGCCAUGCACAUUAUUGAGAACGGGGUCGUCGACGGACGGAUUUUUUGGCCCUUGGAGGUGAAAGACGGCCCCAUGUUUGGCGACCCCAAGCUGGGAAGGGCGCCUCCCGAGAUCCUAGAGAUGGGGUCCUAUUUGAAUACUUCCAUGUCCCUCGGAGAGUUUGAGGACGGCACGUUCCACUGGGCGGACUACUGGGCGGGUUAUGCAAAGGAAGUGAAGGUGCCAAUUAUGUAUGGGAUGGGCGAGCACGAUGCCUUAUGGAAGGCCUCGAGGGUGACGAUGCAGGACUUUGCACGGCACUUUACAGGAAGUCCGAGGGUCGAGAGCGGAAUCGUGCUGGGUGCGCCGCAUUGUAUCGAGCUGAGCUACUGGGGCCGCGGCUGGAUGACGAGGUGCUUGGGGUUUGCACAGGAGUGUGCAGCUGCCGAGGGAACUUGGGGCCCAAUAAACGACAUCCUCGCGCCUCGACAACAGACCUCAAGGACCUGCUUCUACCCAAACGCGGCUCUACGCCCAAGGACCAGGUCGCGCACUGGUACGAGGCGCAGCUGCUCAAAAACCACCAUCGAGCUGGAAAUCGAUGACGUGAAGCUCAAGAUUGACCGCGACACGCUCGAGGCGGCAAAGAAGUCGACCAAAUCUAAGAAGGCAUCCAGCGCCUCCGCUGCCUCUGAUGCUUCUUCUGCCAAAAAGCCCAAAGGUGCCAAAACAUCCUCUUCCACUCCCAAGCCUGCAUCUGCGCCAAAAUCUCCUGCCAAACCCAAGGCUACAGCCUCAGCCUCAGCACCACGAAGUCGACAGACUGCGAGACGAAGCCAGCCUUUCCCUCGUAAUACCAGCGCCCGACCCAUCUCAAACCCUCCACAACACAUCUAUGACCAUACCCCCGUCUCCUUCCACCAUGACGUCGAAAUGGAUGACGCCCCGCCGGCGUACGAGUCCCUGGGGUAUGACGAGCCCGACGACUCUCCAAACAGCUCUGCCGGCAUCCAAAUAUCAGGCACCUAUCUAAUCCACCAAAAACCAUUUUAUCCCUUUGAUAUCACGCUCCAAGUCGAUCACAGAAAACAAAAACUCUGGGGGCGCUUUAAUAUCGGUUCUAAAUCCGGGGUUCUCCACGCCGGCGAUAUCUCCCACGUCACUCCUUACAACGCUGUCUCGUUCGGGUGGAGGUCGGAGGAUGAUGAUGACGGCGACAUGAAGUUUGGACGAGGUUGCGAUGGAUACCUGGAAUUCGACGGAGACGAGUGGAUGAAGGGCCGCUUCCGGGGCCUGAUGGAUGGACAAGACGUAGACUUUCAAGGACAUUUGAUAGAAGAAGACGGCCUGGAUGUCACGGAAAUGAAGGGUAUCUGGGAUGAGUUUCCACGAAAGGCAUAUGGCAGACCUUGA